AUGGCUCUAGGAGAGCCUCGUGAUCGUUGCCUUGAGGACUUCGGCAAGUCCGGUAUAUGCGAGCGUGUCGGCCUUCUUCAACCCUACGAUCUGAAGCGCCAGUUCCAAAACUAUAAAGCUUCGAUUGACUGGCUCGACAUCACUCGAGACACCCCGGGCGACAAAGACCUCGAUGUCGAUGCGAUGAUGCGGAACAUCAGGGCUGUCACCGAACAGUUCCUAGCCUCGAUCGAACCUGCUAUGAAGAAAUACCAAGUCCUUGCAUCCCUUCUUCUCGCCUGUGAAAAGCAGCAGCAGUCACUUGAUCAGAUCAUGCCUCAGCUGAGCGGCCGCGGAUGUGACGAGGCAAGCUGGAUGGUCUCGCGCUCGUAUACCAAUACCGUCAGCCAACCGUUGGCAACGCGCCAGCGCUGGUGGAUGCCACACGACGAAUCCUCUCCUACUGGCAGCGAGUGGACUGACAUACAACGGCGGGCGCUGGAAACUCUGGUUGACUUCAUCCAGGACUGGAAGUCCAUGCAGGAGAGAGUCACUUGCCCUACCUGCAGUUGUUAG